UCCAGGGUAUUACAUGCACAUCGAUGGCACUGGGCAGUCUCUAGGCAAAAAGGCUCGUCUGAAAUCUCCCCUAAUUUUUGAACGAGGAGAUUUCUGUUUGGAGUUCUACUACCACAUGUACGGUAGUACAGUGGGGUCGCUCAACGUGUACAGGGAUAGCACAUCAAACAGGGUGUGGUCCAUGUCUGGUAACCAAGGCAACGCAUGGCAGAAGGCUUCUGUUGACUUCUCCUCUUCUUCGUCUUAUUUCCAGAUCAUAUUUGAGGGAGUUCGCGGUUCAUGGGACAACGGUGACAUCGCCAUUGAUGACGUAGAGAUCAAAAACCAUGCGUGUGGUGCCGUACCAACCGGGACUGGAGAUUGCAACUUCGAGUCGUCUGAUAUCUGUGGCUACACACAUGACCGGACACACGACUUCGACUGGCAGCGACAUCGAGGUAGUACCUUAUCCUCCGGCACAGGGCCGAGCCAAGAUCACACCACAGGCACUGGCUACUACAUGUACAUGGAAACGACAUUACCGGCAACAGGCGACAAGGCUCGACUUGUCUCCCCGGCCAUCGUAGGAGGAGGUACGAAAUGUCUCCAGUUCUGGUACCACAUGUACGGCUCACGUACCGGCACUCUGGCAGUCGUCAACAAAGUUUACGACCAGACCACUCUGGGAACGAGACUGUGGUCGCUGUCCGGUAACCAAGGCGACGCCUGGAAACGAGCUCGAGUGACGCUUACACCAACCGCUUCUUAUUUUCAGAUUGUGUUUGAAGGCACAAACGGCGGGUUCUUCUCUGACAUCGCCGUUGACGACAUAGACGUUGACGACGGAAGUUGUCGAGACGUGAAUGAGUGUCUAGUGGAUGCACAAGCCUGUUCCCCGCAUGCGCAGUGCACCAACACGGCGGAUGGGUACGAGUGCACAUGCCGCCCUGGGUACUCUGGGAACGGGCAUCUCUGUGAAGCAUUACCGACAACUCGUCCGCCUACAACAAUAGCCCGAACAACCGAACCGGCCACGACUGCCCCUGACACAACUGCUGUUAUAACUACGUUCGAAACAGAAACAACCGUUGAAUCAACCACACAUGAAACCACUCCACAAGCUGAAACUACCCUUCCUACUGUAACCAUGGUACCAACAUCCAAUGACAACGUCCUGUCAACAACUGAUGUUGAAUCCAGCUCAGAUUCAGACAAUACGGGCAUCACCACUACCGUAUCAUUGUCAACGGAUAACACUGAGUAUCAUACAGAUGGGCAAACAACUACGAUGGAAACUACGGAUCAGAGUUCUGUAUCCUUCCAUAGUGUUUACACAACCAGUACAUCAACUGUUACACCGGAUAUUACAACACCAAUAAAACCAUCGACUUUCACAGCUACAUCAUCAGGAGUGAGCUUCAGCACUUCAUCGUCUGUGGGGACAGUAAGUGGCUUGAGUGCUCAGCAGACCCUGAUGGUUGUAGGAAGUGUUCUUGGGGCAACACUAGUGGUUCUGUCGGCUGCCCUGAUCUAUACCGUCAUACGCAACCGUAAGAGCCAUGAUCUUAGAGACAUCAUCGAGCGAAAUGGAGAAGUUGCAAUGGAUGACAUCAGUGACGAGAAACUAAGCGGAUUCCACAACCCUUCAUAUGGAAUUCUACAGGUUACUAUCAGGUACAGUUCUUUUUUUAAUAUGAUAUGAUAGAAUUUCUUUUCA